GAUAAGUUUUUUAUUUGAUCGAAAUCUGAAGCACGUGGCGUUGUUCGACAAUAUAGGCUUCUUCUCAAAAUUUGACGUUUAAACCUCGUUUGGAAAAUGACUGACGUGUUAAAAGUAACCAAAAAAUCCGAGAAGAAGAAAACCGUUGCAAAGCCUGCAAAGUCAGACGAAACAUUGUUAAAAGAUGCCAAGGAAAGAAUUAUGCGUCUUCAGAAAAAAAACAAGGGAAAGCCUGUGCCAAAGGGAAAAGGUUCUGUUAAGAAGACAAAGAAAUCCACGAAAAAUGCACAUAAACGUGGAGUUGUCUAUCUUGGCCAUAUUCCUCAUGGUUUCUAUGAAGAAGAACUGAAAGGGUUCUUUUCCCAGUUUGGUAAAGUUACAAGAGUAAAAGUCUCCAGGAGUGCGAAGACUGGCAAAAGUAAGGGAUAUGCUUUUAUUGAAUUCGCUUUCAAUGAUGUUGCAAAAAUUGUAGCUGAGACCAUGAAUAACUAUCUUAUGUUUGAAAGGCUUGUCAAAGCUCAGUACAUUCCACCAGAGAAGGUUCAUUCAAAAAUGUUCCCCAUCCAUUUUAUGACAUCGGAAGUCUAUCCAACACUCGUUCGUAGGAAUCGUCUGAUGGCAAAGCAAGAAAAAACACCUACAGAAAAAGAUAAGCAAAAGCACCGUGGUCGCAUGCUAUUUAAGAUAGCGAAGGCGAUGAGCGCCCUUAAAGAAAUGGGCAUCGACCACCAACCUCAAAUUUACGAUCCUGAAGCUGGUGCAAAUGUGAAUGACGAUGUUUCUCAGAGUAACGUUGACGAAGUUCCUCAGUUAGUUGAAAUUGAAACCGCAAUUCCUGAAUCAAAAUCAUCGAAGAAAAAUCUUAAAGCACCCAAAAGGAACAGCACUGUUACUGACGUUAAACUUGCAACAGAUUCUACACCGACUAAAGGUGAUGCAGGCUCUGAGUCGGUUGCAGUUCAACCGUCAACGCCUGCAAAUUCGUCACCAAAGUUAACACGGAAUCAACGUAAAGCUAUGCUUAAAAAGAACAAAGCUAAUGAAGUCACUUCUCCUGUUGAUGAUACACCUUCACACUCACCCAAUAAACGGUUUAAACAAUCCGCCAAGGCCCCUGCAAAAUCGGUUGCCACCCCUUUGAAAAAAAGUUCUGAGGUGUCCGUUAAACCUUCUCCCCAACCAGUUAAAGUAUCAGGACGCUCUCCGAAACCAGAUUUGAAGAAAGCCAAGGCCAACACUUUUGGCAAAGAAGUCGCUGCGCCCUCAAAAUUACCGAUUCGCUCCGUUAAGGGGAAGAAGCCUGUUUAAAUCUUUUCGGAAAAUAAACAAUAUUUCUAAUCGCCAAA